AUGGGAAAACAAACGUCCCCCAGGAGCCCCAGGCCUAAGAAAUCAAUUUUGAAUAUUUCAUAUGGGGUGAGGGAUUAUCAUCAAUCUUUAUGUUCUGAAAUGCAGCAGAAUGGAGACCCUUAUAAAGGAAGAAGGGGAUCAGGGGGUGAUAGCAAGUGGUUUAGAACUGAUUCAGGGAAAUUUGCCAGUGGUAAAGGAUUUCAUGGCGGCAAAAAGCAUAUCUGGUGGCUACGUAGCCAUAUUAGGUUGAUUCUCUUAACAUUUUUGUUCAUGGGGUCCCUGCUGCUGUUAGAUUCUGUUUUCUUUUCCCUUGUCGAUGCAAUAAUUUUCAAGAACUAUUAUUCCACACCACGUGGAUCAACGACAGAAGAGGAUGCAGUCACUGGAUACAGGUAUGAGGAAAGGAAACCCAUUAAGAUGUAUGAUCAUCUUCUGCAUCUGGCUUCCAGGUCUAUUGCUGAGAAAGAAUUUGAGGAAGGGGCGUCCAAAUUUUGGGAAGAAUUGUAUCCUCAGGCAUCUUUGUGGAAACCUUGUGCCGAUAAGAAGAGUCCAAAAGGAAAAACCAGUACUAGCUCUGGUCUCAUCAUAGUCAGUGCAAAUGGAGGCUUGAAUCAGCAGCGAGUUGCUGUCUGUAAUGCAGUUGCUGUUGCAUCCCUUCUAAAUGCAACUUUGGUCAUUCCCAAAUUCCUUUAUAGCAAUGUCUGGAAUGAUCCCAGCCAAUUCGGUGACAUUUAUCAAGAGGAUUAUUUCAUUGACAUCCUGAAGAAUGAUAUUGAGAUUGUGAAAGAAAUUCCUGACCAAUUUCGGUCGCUAGAUUUUGAUGCAAUUGGCAGUCAAGUAACUGAUGCUGAUCUUUCCAAGGAGGCAACACCACAAGAGUAUAUUUUGAAAAUACUUCCCAUCCUUCUACGCAAUGGAGUUGUUCACUUCCUUGGAUUUGGAAACCGACUUGGAUUUGAUCCUUUGCCCAUUGAACUGCAGAGACUAAGGUGCAAGUGUAACUUCCAUGCAUUGAAGUAUGUGCCGAAAAUCCAGCAGGCAGGAUCGUUACUGAUCAGGCGUUUAAGGAAGUAUGAUGCUUCCAGGAGCACGCUCGAUAAGCAGCUUCUAGGAAGCUAUAUUCAGGAUGCACCCUCAAAGGAGAGCCAUCCUUCGGUGAGCCCAUUGAAGUACCUUGCCUUGCAUUUGAGAUUUGAAAUUGAUAUGGUGGCCUACUCCAUUUGUGAGUUUGGAGGUGGAGAAAAUGAGAGAAGGGAACUUCAAGAAUACAGAGAAGCUCAUUUUCCUCUCUUGGUGAAGCGUAUAAAGAACUCAGAUCCUUCUCCCGGGGAGCUAAGAAAACUCGGAAGAUGUCCGCUGACACCAGAAGAAGCAGCACUGGUUCUUGCUGCCCUUGGUUUCAAGAACAAUACUUACAUAUACCUGGCGAGCUCGGAGAUAUAUGGAGGAGAGUCAAGGAUGCAUCCUUUUAUUAGUCUAUAUCCCAAUGUUGUCACAAAGGAAGAUCUUCUCUCACCAAGUGAACUUGCACCCUUCAGAAAUUUUUCUUCUCAGCUUGCAGCAUUGGACUUCAUUGCAUGCGCAACUGCUGAUGUCUUUUCAAUAACGGACUCAGGUAGCCAGUUAUCUUCCCUGGUCUCUGGUUUCCGUACAUAUUAUGGUGGUGGUAGUGCACCUACUUUGAGUCCUCUCAAGAAGAGGCUUGCAGCCAUUUUAUCAAAGAAUAGCACCAUAAAAUGGAGUACAUUUGAGAAAAAAGUACAGAAGAUGAUUGAGGAAAGCCAGAGAGUGCGCCAAAGAGGUUUCCAUAGAAGCUUAUAUCGACAUCCUCGCUGUAAAGGUUGUAUGUGCAAGUAUCAUUGA